AUGAGGGUUGUAAAUUGCUGGGAAAUUAAAGAUGCAGGAUUCAGAAAAUGUGUGACAAAGCUUCCGCAUUUAGAAGAGUUGGACAUUUCACUUAUGGAACUAACACAUGAUUCUCUAGAAGUCCUGGCACGAUCUUGCCCACUUUUAAAAUCUCUCAAACUUCAUAUUGCUGAACCAGUGUAUCGACUAAGCCACUUUUAUAUGAAAGACUAUGACCGCAGCGAAGUUGGAUGGCUUGCGAUUCUUGAUCGAUGUCUGCUUCUUGAAUCUCUUGACAUUCGGGGAGGCAAUGUUUAUUUUAAUGAAAAUUUGAAGGAAAGGUGUCAUGAGAAGAUCAAAAAUUUGCGGCUGUCAGUGUAUGGGAUGAUGAAAAAUGAGGUUAUUAACUGGAGAGACUUUGAAGCUAAUGAUAAUUUUCCUGAUGUUGUGAAAGCAUGA